AUGGAUUACACAAACUAAAAAUAACCAUAAAAUUAUUCAUAAAUGGAAGACUUGAAAACUCUAGAUCUAGAAGAAAGUGUAUCAGAGACUAUUAUGAGAGAUUUAAGAAUGAUAGCAUAUAAAUUGAAAUACGUAUUAAUUCCCAAAGAACAAGAGGACAAUGGAAAAGAAUUACGAAAUUGGGAUUUAUGGGGACCCUUAAUUUUUUGUUUAGCAUUGGCUAUGACUCUAAGUUUCAAGGCUGAUUCCACUACUUCUAGUUCAAAGUCUGACGUUUUCGCAAUCAUAUUUGUUCUCAUUUGGGUUGGCGCAUUUGUUGUUACACUUAAUGCUUAAUUGCUUGGAGGAAAAGUGUCAUUUUUCUAAUCUGUUUGCUUAUUGGGAUAUUGUGUAUUUCCAAUCAACAUCGAAGCUAUAAUUAUUGCAUUUGUUGGAUCCUAUUUACCAUUUGUAGUGAAGCUAAUUCCAGUGAUCAUUUGCUUUGCUUGGUCUGCCUAUUCAUCUGUUGGCUUUAUGGCAUCAUUGGUACCACCACAUAAGAAGAAGUUGGCAGUUUACCCUGUUUUUUUAUUUUACUUGUUUUUAUCCUGGUUUUCUUUGAUAGUAUGA